ACCAUUAUCGUAAUAUAACACCUCGAACAAUUAAUUAUUUGGAAGGUCGACAUUCUCGAAUGAAAAAACACGUAAGUUCACCUCAUCCAAACAUUUAUAUUGCUAUUGAUUUACUCCAAAAGGAACAGUCACUAGCAUCUAUUGCACGAGUACGAGAUGGUAUGGGCGCUCCAGCUCCAAAACGUCGAAGAAACAAAGUUAUUACAGAAGAAUGUCUGAUGAAGUUAUGGCAACAUUAUGAUGACGGGCGUAUUGACAUUCCAGCGUUCCUGAAAGCUGCCGGUAUGAGAUAUUUUCAACGUCCAUCAAAAAGUUAA